AGCAACGUGUAUCUGAACCAGGAAGUACUCGAUGUCUGCUUUACUGUAGCUAGCUAGCUAGCUGCUGUUAGGUUAGCACCGAGGAGUUAAAGUUAGUCUCCGUUCAGAUUUACGAGUUCAGCUGCCGUUCAUGUGGACUAAACACAUGUCAGGUACCGUGGUGUUCAGCAGGCAGACCUGAGGAGCGGAAACAGUGUGCCAUGGAAAAUAUUUUCUUACCGCUGUCUGGUAGGCCAUGAUAGGCUUGUCAAGUUAUGCAGGGGUUAUGGAAAGUCUAAUGAAUUCUGCUGAAGAGCAGCAACCCUCCUCUCCCCUGGCUAACUCAUGGUCCAAAAAACAGGAAGCAAGCAAGAAUCAAAAGCCAGAAUGUGUUGGUGGAUUUGUUUUAGUGCAUGCAGGAGCCGGCUACCAUUCUGAAUCUAAGGCCAAGGAGUACAAGCAUGCGUGCAAAAGAGCCUGCCAACGAGCUGUUGACCGACUCAAAGCUGGGGCACUUGCGGUGGAAGCAGUGGCUGCAGCUCUGGUUGAACUUGAGGACUCUCCUUUUACAAACGCGGGCAUGGGCUCCAACCUUAAUUUGUCAGGGGAAAUUGAAUGUGAUGCGAGUAUCAUGGAUGGGAAAUCGCUGCAUUAUGGCGCCGUAGGGGCUAUUAGUGGUAUUAAGAACCCAGUCUUAGUUGCAAACCGUCUUCUGAGUGAAGCACAGAAAGGGAAACUAUCAGCUGGCAGAAUACCACCCUGCUUUUUAGUGGGGCGAGGAGCACACGAUUGGGCAGUCAGCCAUGGGAUACCACCGUGCCCUUCAGAGAAAAUGGCAACCAAGUUCAGUUUAUCUGCGUACAAGAGGAACAAGCGGAAGAUGGAGCUGGCAGAAAAAAUGGACAGCGGACAUAAUCAGGCAAAGAAAAGACGACAAUCAAGUGAAAAUGAAAAUGGGUCAGGGUGCCUCGACACAGUGGGAGCCGUUGUGGUAGACCUGGAGGGGAAUGUAGCUGCAGCAGUGUCCAGCGGAGGUCUGGCCAUGAAACACCCCGGCAGGGUUGGCCAGGCUGCUCAUUAUGGAUGUGGCUGUUGGGCUGAAAAUGCCUGUAAUAUGAACCCUUACUCUACAGCAGUGAGUACCUCAGGCUGUGGAGAGCAUCUGAUUCGCACCAUGCUGGCACGGGAAUGCUCUGCUGCCAUGCAGUCCGAAGAUGCCCACCAAGCACUGCUGGAGGCUAUGCAAAACAAGUUCAUCAGCUCACCCUUUCUGGCCAGCGAAGACCGUGUUCUGGGUGGAGUAAUCGUCUUGCGCUGCUGCAGAUGUGUGGAAGCUCAGCCAUCUCAAAAUAUUCAGGGUAUACUGGUGGAGUUCCUAUGGAGUCACACCACAGAGAGCAUGUGUGUUGGCUACAUGUCCGCCCAAGACAGCAAAGCAAAGACACACAUAUCCAGAUUACCACCUGGGACCGUUCCUGGACAGUGUUUGGCCAUCGAAGGAGGUGUGUGUCGACUGAUGAGCGUAGUGGAGUGAGCCGCAUUCGACCUCCUUCUCGGCUUCUUCAGCAAUACAAACCCUUCCACCCAACCACGAACACACACACACACACACACACUCACACCGCCCUCACCUCCCCACCACCUUUAUAAGCUUUAGCUGGUGCCCAGUAAGGAGGGAGGGGUGUUAGGUUCUACUUAGUGCACUUACAGGACUUCCCUUUGCCACUGUCUGCCUCCAGCAUGCACUCUAUACCAACUUACUCCUCCCCAAACUCUCCAGUGUCACCUGGAUUAGACUUGAUGCACCAUUGCCUUGAUGCACCACUUUUUCUGUUACUCUUUUCCUCUCCUACUCUUUUUUUCUCUUUGUAUAUAAGCUAUGAUUUAGGAAAACAGGGUGGAUGUUCAUGCUGUUUUGUAUCGCUGAACAGAUGUGACUAUUUUCAAGCAUUUAGGAAUUUCAAAUGCAAGACCUUAUUUUGUUCUUGAAAUACUUUUCAAGUUUAAAAAGAUGUCCGAUUGCACCUUGUGGAAUGUCUGCUAAUCAAGAUAAGUGUUAAUGAGUGAUGUUUUUUUUGGCUGUGAGAGUUGAACAUUCAUGAUAAAAGGAAUUUACAUCGCUAACACGUACAGAUCAACUUCCACGCACUCGUACACACACACAUUGUUAUUAAUCCUCUAGCAAGCAUACUGUAUAAUGUAGCAUAAUGUGCAUCUUAGAUCAUGAUGAAUUUUAUAACUAUUUCAGCCAUAGAAUGCUUUGCUUUGAUUGUUUUCAAAUGUGAAUACAUACAUAGCUAUUGCAUGUGCAGAAUCUACAGUAAGCCACUUUGUGUUGAGAUCCAGAAGCAGGAAGAAGAUAUGCUGAUACAUAUAGUGCUCAGGUAGCAGCAUUUGACCCCCACCGCCAAACCUGACUGUUAGUCAUCAUUUAAAAAUCACAAAUUAUAUUUGUAUAGUCACAUUGACAGAGACAUGUAUUUUCUUGCUUAAAAAACAAACUAAUUUAUGUAUAAAGCCCAUGAUUUGGUGCUGUUGAGAACUUGAAAUGAGUAAGGGGCUAAAUUUCUGUUGGGGUCGUCGGUUCCUCUGGUUUUGCUAAGAAUUCCAGUCUCGACAAAACCAUUAAAGAGCUUGUUUAUUCUUUACUUGAAAAUGCAACUAUUAUAAAAAGGUAUAAGCUAUGGGAAUGGUAAUAUGUGCACAGCUCUCUACAGUGCUCAAAAAGUAAAUAAAAUCUAUGUUGCUACA